AUGGGCAAAACGUCUUCUUGUUCUUGUUCUAAUUCUUAUUUCAGCAGCAUCACAAGAGGUAUGCCAUUUCUUCAGUACUCUACUCCUCUUGUUGCUCUGUUUCAUUCUACUCAUCUAGAGACACCCAGCCCAGAUCUCUGUAAGGAUACACUAGUUGAUCAAGCAUCGAACCUCUUCACAUACAGUUCCCUUAUGGAUGGUUACUGUUUGCAGGGAGAAAUGGACGAGGCAAAACAAAUUUUUGAUCUAAUGGUUAGCAAGGGCUCCAUGGUUGAUGUUCAGAGUUGUAGCAUAUUGAUUAACGGAUAUUGCAAGGGUAAAAAGAUCGAUCAGGCUAACAAGAUUUUCAAGGAAAUGCGUCGUAUGGAACUUGUUCCUAAUACCGUUACUUAUACAACUCUUAUUGAUGGUGUUUGCAAAGUGGGGAGGAUACAAGAAGCAGAAAAGCUCUUCUCUCAGAUGCAAGGCUGUGGCCAACAUCCAAAUGUUCAAACUUAUGCUGUUUUACUUGAUGCCUUAUGUAGCAACCAGCAACUUCCUAAGGCAAUAGAAUUGCUUACAGAGAUGAAGGACAAGAAGUUGGAACUAGAUAUUGUAAUCUACAAUAUUAUUAUUGAAGGUUUGUGCAAAGCUGGAGAAGUUCAGUCUGCAAAAGAUCUCUUCUGUGGUUUAUCAUCAAAAGGAGUUCCGCCAGAUGUAAGGACAUAUACAAUAAUGAUUAGUGGACUUUGCAAAGGAGGCCUAUUAAGUGAAGCAGAAAAUUUGAUUAGAGGAAUGGAACAAAAAGGCUCUUCUCCAAAUGAUUGUACCUAUAACACAAUUAUCCGAGGUUUUAUCAAUAACAAUGAGACAUCAAGGGCUACGAGACUUAUUCAAGAAAUGCUUGAGAGGGGUUUCUCUGCAGAUGCGUCAACUAUGGAAUUGAUUGUUGAUUUACUGUCAAAGGAUAAAGUAGAUCCUGGUUUAUUAGCAUUGCUUAAAGAUUCACUCUGAAGUUAUUUGAAUAUUUGAAAUUAAUCUUUUCAAUAUCACUAGGAAAUUAACAAAAUUCAAAACUGCUGCCCCUUUAGCGACCUUGGAUGCUCUGUCAAUCCGAUUCAUAAAUCCAUCAUCCAAACACAAUGUCAUUUCCUUGUUGCACUCCACUUUUAGCGCUUAUUUUUUCUAUAAUACUAUAUAUAUAUAUAUAUAUAAUAAACUGAAUAUUUAGUUGUUGGCUACAAGUAUAUCUGAAGAACUAUUUCUCAUUCAACUGGUAGACAAACAAAUACUGACAGUGCAAGUAUCCGUCUUUCCUAGUUCAUUUGUGUUUAAUAUUUAUGUCCUAAAGGCAAUUGUGUUUUUCCAUUCUUGUUUGAUUGUCGAGUAUGUUUCAGUGCCUAUGACUUUUACAUCAGUUUGUAAAACGAAUAUGGUAAAACUCUAUUUUUCAAUUAUGCCCUAGAUUCUAACUCAAGCAUUUUGGGAUAUCCCAAGUUUCUUUACCUAUGAUGAUUAUUCUUCCUUUCUAGUUCAGUAGUGGUUGAUAGUUACAUGCUGAAGGUAACAGUUUUUUUUUUUUUUUUCCUUUCUUUCUCUGAUUGUUAUGAACUGGUGUAAUUCUUCUCUGAAAGUAGGUGGCAUCCCUAUGAGUUUAGAUUUUAGUUUGUAAAUUGAAUUUCCAAAAAUCUUUUUAAUAUUGAAUUAGGCUCCCAUCUUUUAACAGUUGUCACCUAAUCUCUUCAUUGUUCGAUUCUACUCUAUGUUAGAACAUUUGUAAUGCUUCAAUGAUAAUAUAUGUUCUAACUUGAACAUUUUCGGCCAACCCAGUUGUAUCACUAAUCUUUGUCCGGAAAGGUAUGUCUAAGUGUGCAACCCUUACCUGUUACAUAGACCAGGUGUCCUGUUGAGUCCUUAUUUAUGGAGAUUCCUCAGUAUGAUUAUAUACAGUCACUAAGCUAUAUUCUUGUUUUUUGGUAACAGGGGACAAAAACUACUGAGAGCUCCAUUGCGAGCUUUCAUAGCACAGAUACAUUUACUAAAUUUGCACAGCCAGGUUUUAAGGGCACGUGGGGCUGAUCAUGGAUGUUAAUGUGACAUCAGGUCAUGAGGCAGGGAGUAGGGACUAUGGAGCUGGUUGUAGAUGUUUCCGAAAGCUAACCCACAAGGGCACAUCUAAACCUGUAUGAUUCUUUGCUUUGGUAUUUCAAGUGUAGCUUUAAUGACUUCUUACAGAAUUUUUUGUUCACCCUGACCCUAUUCGUUAAUUUCUUGUUUUGGAUGGUCUUAGUUGCAUGGAUGUAUUUGCUGAAAAUGGGAGAAUAAGGAAAGUUUCAGAUUUUAAUCUGUGGCUGGUGUGGUAUCACUGUACUGCUUUCUUCUUGUCUCUCGUUACUGCCAUCUAGUUCUUUAUCUAAGCACACUGAAUCUAAAAGUAGUGGCACUCGUACUGGAAAGAUCUGAUUGUUCUCCUUUUGUUUUGACAGGGAAGGUAAUUAAAUAUCAGUCAUGGGAUUCAUCAGAGCUCCCAAAUCUCUACAGGAAGUGAUAAGUGAUGCUGAUGAGGCUUCUUUUGCGUUUGGUUUUGAUGCUAAGACCAAUGAUUACAAGGUUGUGAGGCCCGUCAGUUUCUUGUAGUUGAGGUUUAUUCACUAACCACAGGCUGUUGGAGCUAUCUUGGUUCUAUUGUGAGUCCAUGUCAUAUGGAUGGAGGCACACCCCAGGCUUUUGUUAAUGGGUCUUUUCAUUGGCAAGCACAAUGUUUGAAAGGAAGUACAUAUCUCAUUUUGGCAUUUGAUGCGGGCAGCGAGUCAUUUUCUGAGAUAAUGAUGCCAAAGAGUUUCAAAUUGGAAGUGUCAUUGACAUUGCAAUUGUCUGUUUCAGCAGAUGGGAAAUCACUUGCUUUAUUUGAGACGCAUGCCGGUUCUAUUCUGUAUCCAAGGGCCGUAUCACCACGUGCACCAUGGUUCGGGACCACCUAAUAAUUUCCCUGUAUCCAAUUGGUGCUGAUUGUUCUCUUGAUAUCUUGGAAGUGAAAGAAUAUGAUAUCCAUGAGUCCUGGACCAAAAUGAUAAGACUUUGUCCACUUGCGCCACAUAGAAAUUUCCUCCCCAAAGCAUUGUAUCUUAGGAAAAGCGGUGAAGUAGUAAUGGCCGAACGAGCUGAUGAAGCCUCCUGUCCCAGGCAUUAUUCUUGUUCUCGUUGUGGGUAUGAACUAUUUUUCUUAGAAUUUGUGAGCCAACAGUUUAAAAGUCUUGAUCUGGAUACAGGUAUUACACUGUCAAUUCUUAUAAAGAGAGCAUUGUCUUACUUGACAAGGAGAAUGCAGUUUCUUACUGAGGGAAAGAAAAGAUUUGCAGUGCAGUAAUAUCCUUUGCAUAAAGUGUUAAAGUGUAUUUCAAACGGUGCGGGACAUCUCUCAUCUGAUGUACUGAUGUAUUUCUAUGAGUAGAUUAUUGUGAACUUCAAUUUAUUUAAAAUUUGUAUGAAACUAUCUAGAAUUCUAGAUGCAGUUUGAAACUUUGCAUUGUAAAGUUCACUGAAUUUCAUCUACAGUUUCCAGUGUUUGUGUUCCUUCACUUUGU